AUGUCUACUUAUAUCUCAGAAACUUCACCCCCCAACAUAGACCACGGCGCCACGAACAACAUGGACGGAGCAUCGGCCAACAUGGAGACACACCAACACGGAGACACACCAACAUGGAGACACACCAACAUGGAGACACACCAACACGGAGACACACCAACAUGGAGACACACCAACAUGGGGACACACCAACAUGGAAACACACCAACAUGGAGACACACCAACAUGGAGACACACCAACAUGGGGACACACCAACACGGAGACACACCAACAUGGAGACACACCAACACGGAGACACACCAACACGGAGACACACCAACACGGAGACACACCAACAUGGAGACACACCAACAUGGAAACACACCAACACGGAGACACACCAACAUGGAGACACACCAACACGGAGACACACCAACACGGAGACACACCAACAUGGAGACACACCAACAUGGAAACACACCAACACGGAGACACACCAACAUGGAGACACACCAACACGGAGACACACCAACACGGAGACACACCAACAUGGAGAAACACCAACAUGGAGACACACCAACAUGGAGAAACACCAACAUGGAGACACACCAACAUGGAGACACACCAACAUGGAGACACACCAACAUGGAGACACACCAACACGGAGACACACCAACAUGGAGACACACCAACAUGGAGACACACCACACUGGAGACACACCAACAUGGAGACACACCAACAUGGAGACACACCAACAUGGAGACACACCAACACUGAGACACACCAACAUGGAGACACACCAACACGGAGACACACCAACAUGGAGACACACCACACGGAGACACACCAACAUGGAGACACACCAACACGGAGACACACCAACAUGGAGACACACCAACACGGAGACACACCAACAUGGAGACACACCAACAUGGAGACACACCAACAUGGAGACACACCAACACGGAGACACACCAACAUGGAAACACACCAACACGGAGACACACCAACAUGGAGACACACCAACAUGGAGACACACCAACAUGGAGACACACCAACAUGGAGACACACCAACAUGUAG